ACAAAUAUACAGCGCGUAGACUUGGUUUUUCUUCCUCUUGGCUCUUGCCGUGUGCGAGGAAAUUGGAAAAAUCACGUCUCUCCCAUUUCUUCGCAUUCAAUUUUCAAUUUUCUCAUCUGGGAAUUUUCGUUUUUCUCCCGAGUUAGAGUAAUCAUGGCGAACGGCCAAAACCAUGAGGAAUCCAGCCCACUUCUUGGACAGGUGCUUGAAACUGAAACUGCCGAUGAGAAGGAUACCCUUCCCAGCUCCACCGCGGCUAUGGGCGAUGCGGUGCCUCCGCCGCCGCCGCCGCAGCCUGUUCGGAAAGAUACGGCGGAGGAGAAUGGCGGUGGUGGCUGUGAAUAUGGGUGGACCGCCGAUGGGCUGCCGAUACAUGGGAGUGUGGUGGGGGAGCCGAUGGGUCGGGCCCAAUGGGAAACUGGUCUCUUCACUUGUCUUGGUCGCCAGGAUGAGUUCUGCAGCAGCGAUCUUGAAGUUUGUGUUAUUGGAAGUGUGGCUCCUUGUGUGCUGUAUGGAAGCAAUGCAGAGAGAAUUGGGUCUUCUAAUGGAACCUUUGCUAAUCACUGCAUGUCAUAUUCUGGACUCUACUUGAUUGGAACCUCAUUCUUUGGUUGGAACUGCCUUGCUCCAUGGUUUACUUAUCCUAGCCGAACCGCUAUCCGCCGAAUGUUCAAUCUAGAGGGUAACUGCGAGGCGCUUCAUAGGUCAUGUGGCUGUUGUGGAGUCUGUGUCGAAGAUGAGGUUCAGCGUGAGCACUGUGAAUCAGUCUUUGACUUUGCAGCUCAUGUCUUCUGCCACACAUGCGCACUUUGCCAGGAAGGCCGUGAACUCCGUCGACGGGUGCCUCAUCCUGGGUUCAAUGCUCGACCCGUGUUAGUCAUGAUUCCACCUGCAGAACAGUCGAUGGGGCGUGGAGCCUAAGCAUCCCAUUCCCUCAUGAAGUAAACCUAAUUGCCUGCCUCAUAUAGCUUCUCUUUAUGUUCCAUGGCAGUGGUGUCAUGCUGCUGGGGAUCUGCAUGAGAAUAUAUUCUGUGGCUGAUGAGAUCCGGAUGUUAAAUUUUCACGGGGAAAAAAUAUACUGACGAGGUUUUGUAUAAAUGAGAUGGGAUACCAUAUUUGUGGAUAUAUAUAUAUAUAUAUGUAACCUUCUUUUUAUGCAUAGAAGGUGUUGAAGAUUUCGUCGCCACCUGGACAGAUUUGUUUCCUUUCAUUUGAAUAUUGACAAGGAUUAAUGUUUCAAUUUGUAUUUUUAACUGCAUUGGAAUA